AAUUGGUUGAUUCCGAGCGUUUUUAUUCAUGUGUGUGCGUUAAGUGAAUUUUUGUGUUCCAAAAAAAAAAAAAAAAAAUUUAUUCAAAAUUAUUUUCGAACUAGAAAAAAAAAUUUGCCUCAAAAUGUUGCCUCAACAAUAUUGUCUUCGAUGGAAAUACCAUCAUUCUAACCUACAAACGAUGUUCUCACAAUUAUUGGAGAGACAAGCGUUUUGUGAUGUGACAUUAGCUUGUGAGGGAAGGACAAUUAAGGCCCAUAAAAUGGUAUUAUCAGCAUGUUCCACAUAUUUUGAUACAAUUUUAUCACAGUACGAAGAAAAGGAUCCAAUUUUAAUUAUGAAAGAUGUCAAGUUCGUUGACAUUAAAUGUUUAGUGGAAUUUAUGUAUAAAGGCGAAAUUAACGUCGAACAUUGUCACUUAGCCACACUAUUAAAAACAGCCGAAGAAUUACGGAUAAAAGGAUUAGCAGAAGUUUCCUGGCGAGACGAUGAUGCAUGUAAUAACGAAUCAACCCCUUCAGGUGGAGGUAAUAAUGGAAAUGGAAAUAGUGAACGAUCAGGUGGUCUUAAUGGUAUUCAAUCAGUACUUCCACAAGUAUCAGCUGUGUUGGAUAGCAACUCCGAUCAAGAAUCAAAUAGUAAAAGAAAACGUGGCAGGCCCGCAAUGGAUGAUUACGAUUCACAAUCAUUCUCACAACCAAAAAUUGCAAAUUUAGGUGAAAAUAAUAUUAAAAGGGAUUCAUAUUCAGACGAGGUUGUUAUUCCAGACACGGAGGUUGGUGAUUGGGAUGAAGAUCAACAAAGUGAUUCACAGAAUGAAGAGCACAGCUUUAGUGAUUCAAAGACAGAUAAUAAUGAUCAAUAUGCAAAAUCAGAAAAUGGACAUGAAUAUGCGAGACCUGGUUCAGAAAGUGAUACAGCCAGUCAUUCGGGUGCAACACCUGGAACAUCUGCAGGAGCUGGUUUAUCAUCACACAAUGCCACAAAUAACAAUAACACAUCGUCAUCAUCAUUACCAGGCGGUGUGGUUGUAAAAAGUGAAAAUUUAGCUGCAUUAGAAAGUCAAUGGCCGGAUGUUAUAAAAAUGAAUGAUUAUUUAAAUACGGGUAGACGUCCACAAUUUUGGGAAGAGCCAUUUACGAAACGUGUUAUGGAUGCAAUCAAAAAUAAAGAAUUAGAAAUGAAAAGCGCAGCUGAAUUAUUAGGUGUUUCAUAUGGUACAUUAUAUGGAAGAUAUCGUGAUGCAUAUGGUUGUUUAAAACAUCCGUACAGAGUAAGAGAUUUUUGGAGUGAUCAGGGUCCAGCUGAUAUACUAGCAAAACUUCAACGUCAAGAAGUGACAUUAUUUCGAGCAGCUGAAUUAUUAAAUGUAACACCACAAACAUUAUCAAACUACCUCAUAUCAUUGAAUAGUUCAGAUCCAGAUGCCUCGACAAGUAAUUAUAGUUACGAUAUGCGAGGUGAAGAAGGUGACGAAGGUGAUGACAUUGAAUCAGGUGAUGAUAGUAAUCAUAUGUUACCACCAUCACCGUCAAUAGCAAUUGUUGAAACUGAUGACAAUAUUACAAAAACUGUAUUACCUAAUCAUCCCGACAUAACAAUCAUAAAAAAAGAAAAGAAGAAAGAACCGCCGAUAAUAAUUCCACCGUCACAGAACAAUCAUCCCGAUGAUGAUAAUUCUGACCAAUAGUAAAUUUAUCAUAGACUUAAAUUAUAGUCAUUCUCUAUUAUUGGAAACGUUUUUUGUUUUUUUUGUUUUUUGAUUAGUUACGAUCAAAGCCUAAUUGGUACCAAAAUUAUAGUCAAAAUAUUUUUAUGUUAGGUGAAUUUUUUUUUUAAAAAUAACUCGACUAAAGUUUUAUUCAUAACACUUUGUAUCGUAACUUUAAUUUCCGGAAUGUUUUUGUAUAUAUUUGCCCCCUCAAAAAAUAAGAACGUAAAUAGGUUUUAUUGUAACACGUUCCAUAAAGUAAAUAAAC